AUGAAGCUUUAUAAGUUCAAAUGGAGACAAGUUACAAGACAAGUUGAGUCGAAAAACGUUGUGUUUCAAGGUCAGUCUUCGAAUGUUCGGUCCGAAAAACGAUCUUUCGUGCUUAGUUUUCAUAAGAAACAUAAGGAGAAGGUUUUGGAUCCGUAUUUGCCUUUCGUGUUGAAAGAAUCAAAGCGUUUAAUGGAAGAGAAAAAGACAUUGAAGCUACAUACUUUGGCUGAAACAUGGCAACCGAUCAAACUCGAUCACCCUGCGAAUUUCGGAAUACUGGUAAUGAAUACGGAACUCAAAGCAACGAUAAUGGAAGACCUUGAGAGGUUUGUGAAGAGGAAAGAUUAUUACAGGAGAGUAGGGAAGGCAUGGAAACGAGGGUAUUUGUUGUAUGGCCCUCCUGGUACCGGUAAAUCGAGUUUGAUCGCCGCGAUGGCAAAUUAUCUCAACUUCGACAUUGACGACUUGGAACUCACUCAUAUUCAUAGAAACUCUGAUCUCCGAAGAGUACUGAUCGCAACUGGAAACCGAUCGAUACUCGUAGUCGAGGAUAUCGAUUGCGGCCUUGAGUUGCAUGAUCGGCAAACCGAACCACAACUCGGUGUUGCUGUCAAGCCGAACAGAACAAGCCAAGUGACACUAUCUGCAUUGCUGAAUUUUAUCGACGGACUUUGGUCAAGCUGUGGAGAACAGAGGAUCAUAGUGUUCACAACGAACCAUAAAGACCGAUUAGACCCGGCUCUGUUACGACCACGUCGGAUGGAUGUUCAUAUCCAUAUGUCGUACUGCAGCCCUAGUGGUUUCGACACAUUGGCAGUUAAUUACCUUGGGGUAAAUGAUCAUCACCCUCUUAUGUCCAUAACCAAAGAGCUGUUGGCUAAAACAUCAGUGACACCUGCAGAAAUUGGUGAGCAGUUACUUAUGAAUGAGGAUCCUGAAGCUGCAUUGAAAGGCCUAAUUGACUUCCUCCAGCAAAAGGUAAAGAAGAAGUUAAAGUUCGAAUCAGUGAUAAAUCGUAAAUAG